AUGUCUUGCGUACAUUAUCAGCAAUCAAAUCCAUCGAAGGAGAGAAGUUACUUCGAUGGCCAAUACAGUAAUCGUUACAAUUUACCUCCGCAAUAUACACCGCGAUCUGACAAUUAUAGAUCAGGUUAUUGUACCACAGGAUGGAGAGAUUUAGACUUUCAAGGAAAUCACGAAGGAUUCAAAGAAACUCCGACAUCAGGAAGAAUUGAACCAUCUUAUGGAGAUACUCGAUUACAAGUAGGAAGGACUGCACCGAUCUAUAAGCAGGAGACAACAAAACAUGGGGAUGCGACCGUGAUGGAGAAGAUACAAACGAAAAUGAAAUUCCUCGAGGAUAGCAAUAUUGUGAUGCAGACGCGUAAUCAAAAUCUUAUCACCGAGAACAAAGCCCUCACGGCUCAAUUAAAAGAGGAACGGAGUGAGAUAAAAAGAUUAGAGAAGAGGCUGACUUUGCUUCGAGAGGAGCUCGAUUUUGAAAGAUCAAAGAUUGAGGAAAUGAAGAAAGAAGCAGAAGAUGGAAAAAAAAUGUCAAUGGGUAGAACUACCGAAACAUCAACUACGAAUAUCAUACAUAAGGCUGAUCGUGGAGUGCAAGUCUGGGCAGUAUGCAUGGGUUGUCAAAGAAAAUUAGAAAGUUGUGAGAAACAACCUCCUACUGUCACAAUUACGAAAUCAGAAUUAGAAGUAUUGGAAAAGGAUAUGCAAACUCUUCGAGAUACCAUAAUUGCACGAGAGGAAGCAUGGGAUAAGGCAAUGGAACGAGAACAUAAUUAUAGACAACAGUUGACAAGAUUAACCACAGAGACGAUCACAGCUCGUCAUCUUUCGGAAACACGUAACGAGGAACUCAAAAUUGCGACAAACACAUUAUUGGAGAAGGAAUCAGAGUUGAAGUCAUUACAGAAGGACAACUUGUAUCUGAACAAAUUAAUCGCGAAACUGUACAAUUACCAAAGGGGACAAGAGGGAUGUCAAAGGAACAUUUUGGCAGCUGAAUUAAAUGAGAAAGAUCAAAGAUUUAUCGAAGAAAUCAUUCGACGAAUAAAUGGGAAAAGUAAGCAGAAACCAAAAUCAAAAAGUUGCUGUUCGGAGAAAACACCACAUUGUUGCUCUCAUCAAUCUACUCCUCGUGAGAAGACUUCAAGAUCCGCAAAAGAUCAGACAGGUUAUUCGAAAGAAAUGAAACGGUAA